GGGGCAUUGAACUAUGUAGAUGAACGCUGCAAAAUUAAUAAUAUUCAUCUCUUCCUUUCUCAGUUUCCUAUCCCCGUGCCUUGCAGCUUAGAAAGUUUUAUUUUCGUAGAUUGACUUAUCUCAUUCCAAUGGAGUCACACCAGACCCCUUCCAGGUUGUGUUGAUUCACUAAACAUCCCGGUGACUUGAUUGCCGCAUUGAACCUUCCAUGUUAAAUACCCCACCAAACAAUUUUGUGAGGUAUUCCUCCAAGCACUCGACUUCCUUUCCUUGCACAAACCCUUUGCUCUUCCCUGAACAUAACUGACAUAUUCUAUCGCCUGCGUUCAUCCAAAUCGAGUCAAUCUGCGGUUGAACUGGCUGGAUGACCAUUUGCUUAUCCCGGCCUCCUCGCAAUACUUGCAAUACUUUUCCUGGUCUGGCGCAUCGCCACCCGGCAACAAAAUGAGCAACGCUGUCAUGGAGGAUGUGUCUCAGGCGCAGCCUGCCCAGGAAACGAAUCCCGUUGUUGCUACCAGCGAUGAGAAGACAGAUGCCGCCGCGAAGACGGAGAACGGAGCGGGCGAAGCCCAGACGGACACUGUCGCGGAUGCGCAGAGCGGCGUCGGCAAGGCUGACGACAUGGUGAAGACGUCAAGCCAUUCUGACCAAAAGACCUUUAAAAAGAAUCGCAAGUACGAUCCAAGCACGCAGCCCGUGACUGAUGAUCCAGUUAAGAUCCGCGCUCAGGUCGAGUUUUAUUUCAGCGACAGCAACCUUCCGACGGAUAAAUUCAUGUGGGACAGCACAGGAGGCGUGGAGAACAAGCCGAUGUCGCUUAAGACUAUCUGCAGCUUCAAGCGCAUGCGCCAAUUCCAGCCGUACAGCGCUGUUGUGGCUGCUCUGCGCGAGAGCACCUUUCUUGAACUCUCAGGCGAGGAAGGCCAAGAAGUCGUUCGGCGAAAGGAGGCAUACGUGUCAUCCAGCGAAGCCCAGAAGGCUCGUUUGAACGCUUCUGUCUACGCCAAGGGCUUUGGCGAGGAGGAACCGUCAACCCAGUUCGACAUCGAAGCAUUCUUCGCCAACUAUGGCCACGUCAAUAACGUCAGGCUGCGGCGCACCAACGAAGACCUCUUCAAGGGCUCCGUCUUUGUGGAGUUCGCGACCGCUGAAGAGGCUGAGGCCUUCGUCAAGCUCGAUCCUAAGCCUACCUUCAAAGGCAAAGAGCUGCUGAUUAUGAAAAAGAAGGACUAUCUUGACGAAAAGAACCGCCAGAUUAAAGAAGGGCUCAUUGAACCCAAUUCCACCAGGCGCACUACCUUCUUUGAGGGCAAGGAGCGCGGAGCCGGGCGCGGCGGGCGCGGCAGGGGUCGGGGUCGCGACGAUAAGGGCAGGAACGGCAACGGCGACUCGAGGGACAAUAACCAGAAGAACGGUUUCAAGGGCGGCUGGGGCCGCGGACGGGGCAGGGGUGGCCGUGGCGGACGUGGCGGACGUAAUUUCAGAGACCGUGACGAGAAGAAGAGCGAGGAGACGAGGAAGAACACCAACGAUGUCCAGAUGCCGACGAUCCAAUCCACCGCCCCAAAGAGCGGAGAAACCAAUGGCAAGCGUGCUCGCGAGGAUGACGGCGCUGCGGCACCCGCGGCGAAGAAGGUUGAUACCAAGACAGAGGCUGUUUCGGCGCAAUAAAAGCUUGUGGCGUUCCAGUUUGGAAUCGUUUGAUGUUCGAGGAAGACAAGCUCGAGAAAUCCAAUGAUCUAAGAGGGAGAUCCAGCGGGGGAUUUUGCCUCCUAUAUGCUCAGUUGGGGGUCUGACUGAGCUGUAAAUUACCGAAUAUCUGGUCUGGCUGGCGUUGUCGGAUGGAUUCUAUUUCCAGUUUCUGUCAUUCUCGUAGAUAGGGUCGGCUUUACAAGGCACUCGAUUUAUGACCACAGCUCUCAUGUCUCUGA